AUGGCGACGAACCAAACAGACGUGAUCAUCACGCCCGUCGAGGAUGAGCUAGACCUGAGGCAAGCUAACCACUGUGUCUCCGAAGCUUUCGGUCGCCAGACGAAUGAUGCCGUCUGGAUGCUGAUGAACCCUGGCUGGGAUACGGAAGAAGGACAGGAGAAGAACGCCUUGAACUUGAUCAAGCAGUGGCGGUCCAUCACAACCAACAAGGACGGACAUCCCAAUUCCCUAUACUUGAAGGCUACCUUGCCGGACCCGAAAAAUCAGGGCAAGCGGAGAGUUGUUGGCCUGGCCGUAUGGAAGCAAUUAUCAUUUGUCGAAGGCUGCGGUGAUCCGUUUACCGGCGACAUGACAGAAGCAGUCAAGGACCUUGAUGAGCAGGAUCAGCGUUUUGCAACGCAGAUGUUCCGCUCACUCUGGAAACGACGCAUCGAGUAUAUACGCGAGGUUUCAUCAUCCGACUCGGGCCAUAGUCCACCUGCUGUCUUCACUUUGGAUCUCUGCGCCGUAGACCCAGCGUUCCAGCGACGUGGCAUCGCAGCCAAACUGGUCGAAGCCGGCUUGCGAGAAGCAAAGAGGAGAGGCAAUUUGGAAUGCACGACGGAGGGAAGUGCUAUGGGCAGAGCGGUCUACCGAAGAUUGGGAUUCAGGGAUGAAGGUGUGGGCGAUAUUGUGUUCGAAGUGGAUGAAGGGUUCAAAGCGAGGGAUAAGCCGCCGAAUGUAUUUUUGAGGACCGGCGUUUGA